UUGAUUAGGUGGAGUUGUGCUGCCAGCAACAACCCCUUUCACGAUCCACUGGUCUCCUUAUUAUAUUCUUCUUGCUUAAGCAUAAGCCAAGCCCAAAAGAAUCAUUUCUUGAAUAUUGAAUCAUAUCUUCCAUGGAUUUCCUUGCACUUGCCUUGAUUUCCAAACUCCUCCUUGCGAUGGUUGUUCUCCAAGUGGGAGCUGGGUUCGGGUUCACGUUCAACGGCUUCCGGUCGGUUAACUUGGAUCUCGAUGGGAUUGCGGAGUUCACCCCAAGUGGACUGCUUAGGCUGACCAACGAUACAAAGCAGAAGGCCGGCCAUGCAUUUUAUCCAGACCCCAUACCCUUCAAGAACUCAAGUGAAGGUUCCGCCUUCUCCUUCUCCACCACAUUCGUGUUCGCAAUCAUCUCGGAGUUCCCGAGGCUGAGUGGCCAUGGGAUUGCCUUCGUGGCCGCCCCACAGAGGGGCCUUCCAGGGGCCUUACCGAGCCAGUAUCUUGGUCUCUUUAAUGGGACCAAUGAUGGCAACGACACAAACCACGUGUUUGCGGUCGAGCUCGACACGAUACAGAGCACCGAGUUCCAGGACAUCAAUGAUAACCAUGUUGGAAUCGACAUCAAUGGGCUGACCUCGGCUAAUGCUACUCCGGCAGGGUAUUACCCCGAUGGUGGUGCUGGAAAAUUUGAGAACUUGACUCUGAUCAGUGGCCGAGCUAUGCAAGUUUGGGUAGACUAUGAUGGGACAAAUAAGCAAAUUGAUGUAACUUUAGCACCCUUCAAGGCUGCAAGACCGAGCACUCCACUCCUGUCCUUGUCACGCGAUCUCUCACCGAUCGUGAACAAGACCAUGUACGUGGGAUUCUCGUCCUCGACAGGCUCAGUCUUAACUUCCCAUUACAUUCUUGGCUGGAGCUUCCAGAUGAAUGGACAGGCACAGGGGCUUUCCCUGUCUAAGCUUCCUAAGCUUCCCCGAAUAGGAAAGAAGCCGACCUCUAAGCUGCUGACCAUCGGAGUGCCCGCUUUAUGCUUAUUUUUCGUGUCAGCGUUAAUCUCAGGAUUGGUUUAUUAUGUUAGAAGGAAAAGGAAGUAUGCAGAGGUUCUCGAAGACUGGGAGCUUGAUUACGGGCCACACCGGUUCAAGUACAAGGAUCUCUACAUCGCCACAAGGGGGUUUCGGGACCAGGAACUGCUUGGGUCUGGUGGUUUUGGGAGGGUCUAUAGAGGGAUAUUGCCCACUUCAAAGAUGGAGAUCGCCGUGAAGAGGGUGUCUCAUGAUUCAAGGCAAGGAAUCAGGGAAUUCGUGGCGGAGAUCGUUAGCAUUGGUCGGCUCCGGCACCGGAACAUAGUCACCCUCCUUGGUUACUGCCGGAGGAAGGGCGAGCUCCUCUUGGUAUAUGAUUACAUGCCAAACGGGAGCCUCGAAAAGUACCUCUUCAAUCAGCCUAAAGUCACCCUCAACUGGGCCCAAAGGUUUAGGGUCAUAAAAGGUGUGGCCGCUGGGCUCUUGUACCUCCAUGAAGGGUGGGAACAAGUCGUGAUCCACCGCGACAUUAAGGCAAAUAAUGUCCUUCUCGACGCUGAAAUGAAUGGGAGGUUGGGAGAUUUCGGGCUCGCAAGGCUGUAUGACCACGGGACCGAUCCUCAGACUACCCGUGUGGUGGGGACCCUUGGAUACCUCGCUCCUGAACAUACCAGGACAGGCAAGGCCACCAAGGCCACCGAUGUCUUUGCUUUCGGGGCUUUCCUCCUUGAGGUGGCAACUGGUAGGAGGCCGAUUGAGGCACGUGGAACCGAGGACGUGAUCUUGGUCGACUGGGUGUUCUCCUGCUGGAACAGAGGAGGGGAGAUUCUCGAGGCAAGGGACCCAAACUUGGGCGGAGAGUUCGUGGCCAAGGAAGUUGAACUGGUACUGAAGCUGGGCCUGAUGUGUUCACACUCAGAUCCCCAGGGCAGGCCGACGAUGCGGCAAGUGGUACACUACUUGGAUGGUGACAUGCUGAUAGAGGACCUAUCCUCGUCCCUUAGCAUCUCUUCAAGCGGAUUAAGGUUCGCUCAUCGAGAGGGGUUUGAUGAUUUUGCUAUGUCCUACCCGACUUCAAUGGACAAGGCAUUCUCGAUCUCGUCCACUGUUUCAGGUUCACUUCUCUCAGGUGGAAGAUGAUUGGCCUUCGAUAUAUUUAUUUUAUGUGAAGGUUUUUGGGUUUGUCUAUACAAUAGCUACUGUGCACUCCGAAGAUUUGCAUGAUUUUCUCGUGCAGCUGAAUAGCUAAUGUCUCAUGUUAGCAACAAUAAUAUUGCAUGUCGGUUUGCUUAUGUUAA